AUUGCUAUAGCCUAUGCUUUCGCAAUGUUUGUUUGUAUAGUAGUGAAGCAUCAACUAACCAAGUUAAACUUGGCUGAAAGUGCACUUUUGGAUGAAGUUGCUGUCUGCAUUGGUCAGGCCUUGGAAGAGGGGCAUGACCAACUGAAAGGAAGUUGAUAUGAGCUUCAACUUAAUAAGAAAGGGAUGGAGCUUGACUCUUGGCACAGAUGGUAAUUAAAGAACCUGGAUUUAAGCUGCUGAACAUUAACUAUAAUAUAUAUCAUAUCUGAUGAAGAGACAUUGAUGAGAGAAAGAAAUAUUUAAGAAAUCUCCUGAGUUGCUCGCACUGGUCCUGGAGUUUGGGUGACAGUAGCAAUGCGAGCUUGCACUGAGAGAUUUGUCUUCUAGAGCGAGUAAAAGACAGCUUUGCAGAUGUAUUAUUGAGAAAGGUGGUCCAUCACCCAUAACCAUGCAAAUAUGUACGACAAAUGCCACCAAAUCUCUGCACUGGUUGGUCCAUAUUAAAAAGAAAAAUUAUUGCAGUGAAAGGGGAAGUGAUUGCCAAUUUUAUCGGUUAUGUUCACGAACUUGAAAUCAAAUGUUCAAUCAAAUGAUGGAAUUAGUGCCCAUGACUUUUUUGUCUGCAUGCAUGUGUGUGUUAAGUCUUUUCUAUAAUGAUAUUGCAUUUUGAAAUUCGGAUGGAUGGGCCGCCUCCCAACACUCCUUUAUUGGCUGCUGGAUUUUGGACGAGGAUGGCAGAAUCAUCGUAUUCCAAAUUUGAACUCCCCUUCCUUGUAGUAAGAGAGUAGCUCUCUUAGGAAGAGGGAAGAUCGAGUUAAAAAUCAAGGAAGAGAGAGAGAAAGAAAGAAUAAAGUAGAAAAAUGGACUUUUAAAACCUCACAGUAGACAAUUCAGUUCAUCAAAGUUUGGGUGGGACAUAGUGAUUGGGCCAUGGAAGAGUAGAUAAACUCCCAACGUGGCAAACAGAAUGCCAAACUGGAACAUAAUUACUAGCCUUUCCAAACAGCCUAGCGUCGGUUUAAUGACAAAAUCGGUAAAUUCGAAAACCAAACAUUUUGCUCUCAGCACUCCCUCAGUUCAGUGCCCUUUUCCCUUCCCUCCAUAUAUUUUUCUUUCUACAUUCCCUCUGAAUCAACAGAACGUAGAAGAGAUUCAGAUUUUGAGGGUCAAAUAGAGAGUAAAAACAAGGUUGGUUCUCCAGUCAGUGAUAAACAGGUUGUUCUGCAAUGGAUGCCUCAACAGAGAAUUCACAACGCCGUCCUUUCUCGAUCAAACUAUGGCCUCCAAGCCAAAAGACACGCCAAAUGCUUGUGGAACGUAUGAUGAACAAUCUCACAUCGAAAUCCAUUUUCACCCAGAGAUAUGGUGUUUUGACCCGAGGGGAGGCUGAAGAAAAUGCAAAAAAGAUUGAGGAUACAGCUUUCACUACUUCAAAUCAGCACUAUGAGAAAGAGCCUGAUGGUGAUGGAAGUUCUGCAGUCCAGCUUUAUGCAAAGGAAUGCAGUAAGCUCUUGCUGGAAGUUCUUAAGAGAGGCGCUGCAACUAGGGAGGAAAGAGGUGUUUUAGCAUCAGAGGAAACCAGGGAUGACAAGCAGGAGCUGGCAUCUGAGAAAGUCAGCGCAGCUCAUGAAACCUUGUUUGACAUAUCUAAAGGAAAGCGAGCCUUUAUUGAGGCAGAGGAGUCUGAGGAGAUCUUAAGUCCAUUAAAGGAGCCUGGAAAUUCUUAUACUAAGAUCUGCUUUAGCAAUAGAAGCUUUGGUUUAGGAGCAGCCAAAGUUGCUGAGCCCAUUUUGUUUUCCCUCAAGGGUCAGUUGAAGGAAGUUGACCUCUCAGAUUUUAUUGCAGGAAGACCAGAAGCAGAAGCUCUUCAAGUUAUGAGUAUAUUCGCAGCUUCCCUGGAAGGUAGCAUUUUGAAGUCUCUAAACCUUUCGAAUAAUGCCUUGGGUGAGAAGGGUGUCAGGGCUUUUGGAGCCCUACUGAAAUCACAAAGUUCCCUGGAGGAGAUCUACUUAAUGAAUGAUGGUAUCUCUGAAGAAGCUGCACGUGCAGUUUGUGAAUUGAUUCCCUCCACAGAGAAGCUUAAGGUCCUUCAGUUUCAUAACAACAUGACAGGUGAUGAAGGGGCCCUUGCUAUCUCUGAGGUCGUUAAGCAUUCUCCCUUGUUAGAGGAUUUUCGCUGUUCCUCAACUAGGAUAGGCUCCGAAGGCGGAAUUGCACUGUCAGAAGCACUUGAGAGUUGUACCCAAUUGAAGAAACUUGACCUGCGUGAUAACAUGUUUGGAGUGGAUGCUGGAGUUGCUCUAAGUAAAGCUCUAUCUAGGCAUGCGAAUCUCACUGAGGUUUAUCUGAGCUAUCUGAACUUGGAAGAUGAGGGUACAAUUGCUAUAGUCAAUGCCCUCAAGGAAUCUGCUCCGAUGCUUGAAGUCCUGGAGCUGGCUGGGAAUGAUGUUACUGCUGAAGCUGCUCCUUUUAUAUCUGCUUGUAUAGCAGUGAAGCAGCAUCUUGUCAAGUUAAGUUUGGCUGAAAAUGAACUUAAAGAUGAAGGUGCUGUCCACAUUAGCAAGGCCUUAGAAGAGGGGCAUGGCCAGCUGAAGGAAGUUGAUGUGAGUGCCAACUAUAUAAGACGGGCUGGAGCUUGCCUCUUGGCACAGGUGGUCAUUAAAAAACCAGAAUUUAAGCUUCUAAACAUUAAUUCAAAUAUCAUCUCUGAAGAAGGCAUUGAUGAAGUGACAGAAAUAUUCAAGAAAUCACCUGGUUUGCUUGGACCCUUGGAUGAGAAUGACCCUGAAGGAGGUGAUGGUGGCGAAGAAUCUGGAGAGGGUGAAGGUAACGAGGAUGAGUUGGAAUCAAAGCUGAAGAAGCUUGAAGUUGGCGAUCAAGAUGAUUAAAGAUUCUCCUAUUUUAGGUGUUGUAAUGUAGAAUUGCUGCACUUGUAACUUUUGGGACCUCAACAAUAGUGGUAGAACAUUGACAGCAUUUUGAAUUAACUUUUCUGUUAAUUCCCCAUGCAUUGGCUGAGCAGGGUAGUGGCUGUUAGUUUGGUGGAGGCUAGAGUAUGUAGUCUGUACUCUGUAGCAGUAGCAAAGUAAUACGGGAGUCUUCGGCAGAUUUUUCUUCAGGAACCUCUAGAUUUUCAGUCAUUCAACGUAUUAGCAUUUCUAAACAGAUUCACUCUGAUAUUGCUAAUGAUGCAAUGUAGAAAUAUCCAGUGCUUGAGGUGCGCUGAAAUAUUAUGUUCUGUGGCUAAAAUGAUUAUCGCUUGGACAUAAUGUGGAAAUCAAUCUUUUGUCCGACUAAAAUUCUAUUUGAGAAUCCUA